AUGACCGAGCCCGAGGAGGCUACACUUAACCGAACAUACUGUUUUGAGCUCCUUCAAUUGAAUUUCACUUCCAUUAGUGGGAAUGCAUUCAUUGCCAAAACGACGAACACAAAAGGAAAAAGGAGAGAGACACGCUACAUGUUUUCUAGGCCCUUUCGAAAACAUGGUGUUGUCCCUUUGGCUACGUAUAGGCGAAUAUACAAGAAAGGUGAUAUUGUAGAUAUCAAGGGUAUGGGCACAGUUCAGCAAGGAGUGCCCCACAAAUGUUACCAUGGCAGGACUGGACGAGUCUAUAAUGUUACUCAACAUGCUGUAGGUAUUGUUGUAAACAAACAGGUUAAGGGCAAGACUCUAGCCAAGAGAAUUAAUGUGUGUAUUGAGCAUAUUAAGCAUUCUAAGAGCAGCGAUAGCUUCCUGAAGCGUGUAAAGGAAAAUGAUCAGACGAAGAAGGAAGCCAAAGAAAAAGGCACUUGGGUUCAACUGAAACGCCAGCCUGCUUCACCCAGAGAAGCACACUUUGUGAGAACCAAUGGCAAGGAACCUGAACUGUUGGAACCAAUCCCCUAUGAAUUCAUGGCAUAA